CUUUGUGCUUCUCCCUGCCCUCUGUGCCAGGUGCACCUGUGACCCCGAGCCAUGUCCUGCUGCAAACCCUGCGACCCUUGCUGCCAGCCCUGCGGCCCCUGCCCGCUGGCCAACAGCUGCAAUGAGUGCUGUGUCAGGCAGUGCCAGAGCUCCCACGUUGUCAUUGAGCCGCCUGCUGUGCUGGUGACCCUGCCCGGCCCCAUCCUCAGCUCCUUCCCACAGAACACCGCCGUGGGAUCUUCUACCUCUGCUGCUGUUGGCAACAUCCUCAGCUGUGGCGGAGUGCCCAUCAGCUCUGGGGGCUUUGACCUCUCCUGCAUCACCAACUGCUAUGGUGGCAGCAGAUGUCGUCCCUGCUAAAGCUGCUGGCAAUGUCUUUCAGCAAGAACGUCCAAGACUUCAAAGCACGGUUUUGGGCAGGAGAUAGAGCUUCAGAAAAUUGCAUUCACAGCCUUGGA